CCGAAGCCCCGACCCGGGCCGCUGCCGGCGGUGUGACCGGCACGGAACGCUGUGUGAGGAGCCAGGAGCGGCGCGGCGGGCUCGGAAUCAGAUGGUAACCCGUCCGGCCGGUCGCUACAAAGAUGCAGUACGGUUGGGUACUUCUGCUUGCCAGCACGCUGCCGCACAUCACCAUGGGAGGCGCGUCCAGAUCAGCGCCGCAUGCCGUGAGCCUGUGGCGGGGAUGGGAAGCGGCCGCAGCUCGAACACCACCCCAAGCCGUCCGCCGAUCCACCGGGGAGCGAUCCGGCACUCCCAGGCUGCGGCACCACCGGUCGCACAGACAGAGGAGCUCCCGGCCGGUCUGCUCGUCCGCCGACUGCCUGAGACCGCCUCUUGAGGGCUCCUUGUCGGCUGAUGUGUCUCUACGCCACGGGCACCGGCACAAACAGAGCCUGAAGGCCGCCCAGAGGACAGAGCCGCUGCCGCUGCGUGCUCACCUGACUGGCGCUACUGCGCUCCCUCAGCCAUUCGGUGGGAGUGAGACCGAACAGGACUGGUUGGAGGAUGAUCCAUACUCCGACCCUGACCGCUAUGUGCCGUCAAUGGUGAAGGAAAUAGCCCUGGCCGGCCGUCGAGGCUCAGAGUUGGUCGGUGCUAGUUUACCACUGCCAUGGCUGCGGACAUCGACUGAGGGUUCUGAGUCCCGCCUGGCGCUCCAGACCCGCGUGCGACGUAAUCACGCUGAGGAGGUUUGCGAGCGGGAGCGGUUUGGCGCCCCGUGUGACGAGUCGGCCGGCCCGCCGCCCGUCCAGGACUCUAACGUUGUGAUGGUGGGAGGUAGUGAGAGUGCCACCAUCAGCGCUUUGCGCCGCUGCGGCAGACAGCUGCGCUUCAAGGUGCGAGACCUGGCCGCCAUUCCGGCCGUACUGUACCGCUUCCGCGACCACAGCGCUCUCUAUCAACUGUUAGUGUACGUGAGCAGCGACGGGGGCGCUGCGGUCGGCCGCCAGUUGCAGAAGACUCUGCGGGCUAUGGCGGAGCUGUUUGGCGGUUACAGCCUGGUCUACCUGCCCGAGCCGGUGCCCUCGCAGCUGACUGCGCUGGCGUACGAGUUCUGUCAGCACGGCGCCGGCCCGUGCCGCUGGACGGACGACCUGACUCCGCUGCUGGCCGCCGCCAGUCGGCUGACGCGUAACGCUCAGCUCCUGAACGCCUAUGACGCCGGGGUGAGCGGCGGCGGUGAAACGUGCAGCGUGCCAUCGCCGGCCGACCCGGAGGCCAGUCACACCCUGCUGCAGCAGCUGGAGCAGCUGGCCGAGCUGUGGUGCCGCGGCCGCUGGCAUACCGUGCUGGAGAUCGUCCUGCCGUCCGACCGGCCGGCGCUGCAGCCCACGAAACCCCAAGGCAAGUCUUCCAACAGUCUGGGUAUUUCGGACAUCUUGCCUCUCAAUAUGAAGCUUUACGACAAGAACCAGCCACCCAAGUACCGCGGGGAGCCGACCACUGUCUAUUUCCAUGUCACCGUCAUCAGCUUGGAUUCCAUCAAUGAAGAGUCAAUGACGUACGUGGCGGACGUGUUUCUGGCGCAGAGCUGGCGCGACCACCGGCUCCGACUGCCCGAGAACAUGACCGAAGAGUACCGCAUCCUCGACGUCAACUGGCUGCUCAACAUCUGGCGGCCAGACUGCAUCUUCAAGAACGCCAAGAAGGUCACCUUUCACGAGAUGUCGGUGCCCAAUCACUACCUCUGGCUGUACAAGGACAAGACGCUACUCUACAUGAGCAAAUUAACUUUGGUUCUGUCUUGCGCUAUGAAGUUUGAAGCAUAUCCACACGACACUCAAUCGUGUUCAAUGAUGAUCGAGAGCUUAUCGCACACUACUUACGACUUGAUUUUCAAAUGGAAUCUGACCGAUCCGCUGAUGGUGAACCCCGAGAUCGAGCUGCCACAGUUGGACAUUUCCAAAAACAGCACCGAAGACUGUACUCUGGCGUACUCUACCGGUAACUUCACUUGUCUGGCCGUGGUAUUCCAUCUCCGUCGCCGCCUGGGCUACCACCUUUUCCACACGUACAUACCGUCGGCGCUGAUUGUCGUCAUGUCCUGGAUCUCGUUCUGGAUUAAACCGGAGGCGAUUCCGGCCCGAGUUACUCUCGGUGUCACUUCAUUGCUCACACUCGCCACGCAGAACCAGCAGUCGCAGCAGUCGCUGCCGCCUGUCUCCUACGUCAAGGCCAUCGACGUCUGGAUGUCGUCCUGCUCCGUGUUCGUGUUCUCGUCGCUGAUGGAAUUCGCCAUCGUUAACAACUUCAUGGGCCCGGUGGCCACCAAGGCCAUGAAAGGCUACUCAGACGAGGACCUCACCAACAUCGACGACAAAUCAUUGCGCUCCUCCGUGGGCCGGUCGCGGCGACUGUUCAGCGGGGGUCCGGCCCGCACCCCGCCGCUGCAGCCGCAGUAUGUCACCUUCUGCCACGGCCGUGAGGUGGCCCUCUAUAUUGAUAAGCUGUCCCGUUACUGCUUUCCGCUGGCGUUCGUCAUACUAAACGUGGUCUACUGGACCUGCUAUGUCGACUGGGAGGAGCUGAGUCAGGCGUGAGCAGCACCUGCUCCAUGGAGCGCAGGUGAACUGGCUGCUCUGUUUCUGACAGGCCAGGCCAUUUUGUCCAAUGUCCAUGCUGCGAGUCGGUGGCGACCGGAGAGCUCCUGAUUUGUGUGUGGAGAGGAAACUAGAUCUGCCGGUUCUUGGAGCCGCCUAUCUUAUGUGUGCGGACCAGGAGUGGGUCCAGCGGGCCGCCCAGUGUCGCGAUACCGACUGCAAUGUGUUCAUUGACUGUAAAAACUGUACAUACUGUACCAUAGUGAUCAGCGCCUGUAACGCUGACAACACGGCCGUGACUCUACUGAAUGUUACGACUUACGAGCCAUGGCGAGAACAUAAAUGUAGUCGUAUUAAUUGAAAUAUGUCCCGUUCAAAUAGCUCUUGCGCUUUGCUUGUCCCUUGUGCCGGUGCCAUUUUUUAUAUAAAUAAAACACAAGCGUGUCAAACA